AUGGUGUUUGGUGGCUCCCGUUUGAGGAAUUCGCGAUGGAUGACGUACUUCCGGGUCCGAAAGUCUGUCCGCCAGUGGUGCCCCACACUUCACGACACCACGGUCACGGUGCAAGCCGAUACGAAGUGGCGUGGGGCGCUCGGCUACCGAGCCAAGGAUGAGGCUCCCGGGACCUGGCCCGGGCGCAACGCAAGUCGCGCAGCUCUGACGUCUCUCUCACUUGUGCGCCUAAUUCGCCUUCACCUGCGCAACGCCCCAGACACGGUCGACAACUUCAUGUCUUAG